AGUAUAAAAUAGUUACAUUUUUACAACUUAUCAUAGAAACAUGUCCAGAUAUCUAGUUAGUGCCUUAUUGGCGUUUUGCUUUAUCGGUGCGAUAAGCGCUCACAAAAAUAAUUAUGUCUGGGGUACACAUAAAACCAACGAAAUUUUGUUGGCCAGACAAAUGGUUGUUAAAUCUGGAUAUUUUGGAGUGGUAACCACAUACGAUUAUGUCUACAAAGGAGAUAGCCCAACAUCUCCUAAAAUUUCGUAUAUCAGAAUAACCGAUGUUAAACCUUUUGGCGGCGCUACUGCUGUAGUAACUACUGGAGGUCUCAAUACUGAUGCCGUUACCAUAACAUUUACUAGUCAACGUGGUUUCGGCAUCAAAAGUAUGGUGGAAAUUUAUGGAACUUCAAAUUAGUCUUAAGUUGUUUAGCUUUAGAGAAAACAUACAUAUAUGUAAUAAUUUUAAGGUCAAUCGAAACAAUAAAUAAAUUGUAAAAAUAUAAGUAAAAAA